UCCCCAAACAAGGGAGACAUCUCUUUACCGCCCUCUCUCCUCUGCAAGGUCUCUUACCUCAGUCAGACUUAGGAUGCACGUAUGUGGAUAAAAUACUGACUUCCCUCCUCCCUCGUAUUAUCUCCAUCUGGUCCAGGAACCAGUGAACCAGAACCGGAACGUUAAACGUCUCCUCCGUUUCCUACGGGAGGGGGAGUGCACACGGGAUUGAACUCAGGGGCACUCGACCACCGAGCCAUAUCCCCAGCCCGAGAAAAAGUUUGUGUGAUCAUAUGUGUUCAAGUCAUUAAUACAGCCUUUUAAAAGAUCAUCUAAAUAAAGACAUGGCCCCUGGACAUGGACAUGGACAUGAACAUGGUCAUGGAAAACUGGAACUUCCAGAUUAUAGACAAUGGAAAAUAGAAGGGACACCAUUAGAAACUGUCCAGGAGAAACUGGCUGCAAAAGGACUCAGGGAUCCCUGGGGCCGCAAUGAAGCUUGGAGAUACAUGGGUGGCUUUGCACACAAUGUUUCCUUUGUUGGUGCAUUAUUAAAAGGAUUUAAAUGGGGAUUUGCUGCUUUUGUGGUAGCCAUAGGAGCUGAAUAUUAUCUGGAGUCUCAGAAAAAAGAUAAGAAGCAUCACUGAAGAUAGUAUCUGGAAAUAACUUAGUGUCUCCUUAACUCUCUUAUAAAAAUAAGAUUUCUUCACUGUAUUGUACUUGUCUAUGUGUUUGUCCCUUAAAGAAUACUAGUAAGAUUUAAUAAAGUAAGAAAAACAUA